GUCACUACCGAAGACCUGCGGGCACGAUGGGCGAUUCUCAUUCAGGCAGUGUUUGCGGUCAUCACAAUGUUCGACAGGAAUCAAAGGUACAAGGUGAUCGACAGCUUUCUCAGCAGACAGUUUCCAGCGAUGCAGAUUCUGUGUCAGGACAAGACCGUGGACAGCUUCAUUCCCGAUGCCAGGACAGGAUCACGGACAAGGAUGUCAUGCUAUCCAGAUCUGAACAAGACGUGCUGCCAUCCUACCAACGGGGAGCACGAGUACACAGUUCCAGCCGGGAGGUUCAAGGAGUGCCUCUAUUGCGGGACGGUCUGGAAGGGCGAGAAGUACCAGAUCAGGGCGAAGGACGUGAUCUUUUGGAAUCUCCACGGGACGCGAGAGACUCCAGGCGGAAGCCAAUUAACGACGGGUCAGGCGAAGAGGUACUACGGCAUGGCCAAGUCUGCCUACAACAACUUGCAGCUCGAAAAGCGUGUCUAUGAGAGACGAAUGCAGAAGAGCCGUUUUCUACGACGCCAGCGACGCGGCUUCGACAUCUACGAGAUCUUCGCGGGCGAGUGCGGCAUCGCCCUGCAUGCCGCCGACCGCGCCAACGGCUGGGGCAUGCGAGCUCUCCAACCGGUGGACAAGCUGUUCGGUCAGGGCUUGAAGAAGCAGAAGGCCAGGAAGGUGCUGGAGGACCUACGCGAUGAGGAGCGGUGCUUCAUCACCUUCACGAAGGACAUCUUCGAUAAGCAGAAGGACUACGGCAAUCAUGCCCUGCUUGAGAAUCCCGCUACUGCCGACUCGUGGCGCGAGGAGGCAAUCGUCAAGCUCAGGCAGGACAACUACGAGUGCACCUCUAAUAUGUGCAUGUUCGGCAUGGUCGGCAACCAGGGACUCCCCAUGAAGAAGUUGGUUCGUUGGUUGGGUACGCAUCCACUUCUCAUUCAAGAGCUCGACCGACACUGCGACCACAGCCAUCCACAUGAAGACGUGCAAGGAGGUGGACCUGAUGGCAAGACCAAGCUCUCACAGGUCUACACCUGGCAGCUAGCAGACGCCAUCUGCCGAGGUCUCACCAGGGUCAUCGAGAGCGAGGAGUUCGGACACGGCAUCUACCUGUGCAGUUAUUACCCCGUCUCCUACGACGCUCCAGCCCUUACUGUGCACCACGUCUGCUAUUCGGCUCCCGACAUGGACGAAACAAAGUGGAAGAACAUCAUGCAAUCGGUCGUCGAUGUCAUGAGUCGAAGGAACGCCCCCUCAGCUCAGGUGGCGCAGGACUCAGAGAUGUGGAGGCAGGUGUCCGAGUUGGUUCCCUGGCAGAUCUUGUACAUGCAGGCCGCCUUCCAGCCGCCUACGCACCACGAGAGCGAUUUCAAGACCCAGUACGAUACGGUUUGUUCAUUAUCGGACGCGCUCCAGUCGGCGAAGUAUCAGCACCACCUCGACCACCAGUCGAAGGCGAAUCACGACAGCCAGUACCAGUACCCGACGAACCACAGCCAGACGAACUUCAGCCUCAGCCUGUCCAACAACGGGCUGGCGACGAUGCACCAGAACUUGAGCCACCCGCUGCAGGCUGAUUUCACGAGGUUCCUGAACGCGAGCGACGCGAGCCAGAUUCCAUAUAUGGGUUCGGUCAAUGCUCGUGUUGGUUUGGAUUUCUUUUACCUACCUGAUUCUGCUCUUACGACACAUCAGUUCUUGGGAAUUUUGGAGAUGUCAGGUUUACUGAUGGUGGUGGUUCAUUGUCCGACUCGUGAUCCUAUUCAGGUGCUGGAGAUUUUCAAUUUGGCUUGGUUAUCUUGGGCUGGUUAUCCAGAUCAUGUGGUUUGCGAUCGUGAUGGAGCUUUUCAGGCCGCUUUUGUUGAACAUCUUGAGGCUCACGACGUUCACGUCGAGAAGCCCCCAGCUGAAACUCACUGGCAGUCAGGGCGAGUCGAGGCUAACAUCACACUCUGGAAGCACAUGGCCAAGAAGGUGAUUGAUACGAUGCAGCUUGCCGGAGUUGAGGGCAUGAAGCUGAUGGCACCAGCGAUCAACCAGUCUCGCAAUUCUCGUGUCCGACAAUGCGGUGCUUCACCAUAUCAGUGGACUUUCGGUAAGGACCCGAGGAUCCCCGACAGCAUCACCGAUCCAGCUAACUCUGCCGUCGUACAUAGCGCCAUGACCGCAGAUGCCGAGCUUGCUAAACGAGCCCGAGUACGAGCACUCGCAGACAUGGCAUUCACCGAGUACGACAGGUCCGAGUCUCUCAAGCGCGCGAUGCUUCGAGUUAACCGACCUUACCGGGGAGACUACGCACCGGGAGAUCGAGUGGCUUUCUGGCGCCAGGCGAAGAACAAGAAGGGCAAGCAAUACCCAGCAAGGUUCAUUGUGGCUACUGUGGUCGGCCCUGGUGGUAGUGGCGGUGCCGAUGACAACAAUGUUUGGGUGCAGUCUUCAGGACAUCCGAUCUUGGUUUCAAAAGAACAACUUCGAGAAGCACAUGGUACCGAAUUGUGGAUACCUGAUGAGGAGGACAUGACUGAGCUACGCAAGGCUACUCAAGCACCACCCGAACGAUUUCACGACGAACGUGCGGUACCACCUUCCGAGAUCGACCCGAACGAUGUGAUCGUGUCUGAUCUAGCCGCCGCUCUACGAGAUGAAGGAGGACGUGAACACGUUCGAGGACUUCUACCACCUCCUGCCCAGCCACCGGCUGAACCACUACAGCUAACCGAGGCCAGCGGCUCCGGGGACAACAUGACGGACAACAUAUUGCCAGCUGUUCGGCCACUACCCGAAGACGCUGUGGGAGAUACUCGAGCUGCCCGCCGACCUCGCUUCGCAGAACCAGAGACGCCAACUACACCGCCUACUUCUCAGGCACCAGGUGCGACCUACGCUUGCUUCAACGGCACUGAGCAUAAUUCUGCCAUCCCGAUCUACAUGUGCGAGCAGUAUACCCUUCUCGAGUCGCCCGCUUACGAGGUCUACCUCAACAACAACGGCAGCUUCACUAUGACCAAGAAGGACCAGAAGGCGCUCAUUCGUGAGAUCCCCUACUCGCAGAUCCCUGCAGAUCAGCUACUUCUAUUCCGAGAAGCUCUGGCCCGUGAAUGGUCAUCUUGGCAGCGCUUUUCAGCCGUGGAGGUCUUGGAUUCGAAGACGUCCAAGUCUAUCGAGAGCGACCCCGAGAAGAAGAAACGCAUUAUACCAUCAAGAGUCUGCUAUCGCGACAAGAAUGCCGGACGUGGAGUUUCCGAGAUCGACGCCAAGGCAAGAAUCGUGGGUAUCGGCUACAACGACCCCGAUAUCAUGACUCUCAGACGUGACGCACCAACCCUUACGAGAGCUGUUUUCUACAUCUUGCUGCAGGCGAUCUCGAGCUGGGACUUCAACUUGUUCGGAGGCGACGUGACUACAGCUUUCCUACAGGCCGAUCAGACCAAGGCCCAGCGCGACAAACCGAUUUACCUUCGGCAACCUUCUGAAGGACUUCCAGGUAUUCGACGCGGUGUUCUUCUACUUGUACGACGUGCAAUCUACGGCUUCGUUAAUAGUCCUCGCCUGUGGUGGCGAGAACUUCGUGACUUUCUCAUGCACAUCGGCGGCAAGCAGUGCUUCCUGGACAAGGCCCUAUUCUGUUUCUACAACAAGUCACAUCGCAUUAUCAUGAUUAUCGGCAUCCACGUGGACGACCUCAUCGGAGGCGCAGACGCUCGAGAAGGCUCCAAGCUGUUGGAAACCAUCCGCCAGCGGUUCACUUUCGGCAAAUGGUGGGACAAUAAGUUGACCUACUGUGGCAAGCAUCUCAGUAAUAACGAGAACGGUGCGAUUUUCAUAAACCAGAAGGAGUUUUGUAGUCAAUGCAUCUGCGACGCCUGA